AUGGAAUGGCACUGCUUGAUCGUCUUGUUACUGCAGUUUUCCGUUGUGGCUUUCCGUACAAAUGUCACAGCGUCUAAAGAUCCGAACGAAAAGCGCCUGUCAUUUCUCCAACAAUCUAAAUGUACUUAUUCCUAUGAGCUAGCAGUUCACACUGCACGAGGCUCUAAGUCUACAGAGAGUGACGGUUUUCAAGUUCACACCCUGGUGAGUACUACACCAAAGGUGUUUUCAUAGUGUAGCUUCAUGUCAGAGACUCCUAGAUUUCGUGUAAAUCGCAUGACUAAUGGUGGAGGUAAUACAUGUUUGCAGAGUGUCAGGGUCAAAUAUUGUAAUUUUAUUUAGAGGGUUAAACGUGUAAUGAUCUAAAGUCGGACCAGUAAUUGUUAAUCACCAAAGGCAACGAACUGCUAGCCACUUUGGACAAGGAGGGAGCCUUCAAAUGAACUGGCCAAAGAUCUAACACUGAAUAACCAGCGUUGAAUUAUUUGCAGGUCGACAUUACUGCUGUGUCACGUGAAAACGAGGCAGGUACAUCCGUGCAUCUUUACAAGUUAGAUAUCCGGGAACCCAGACUGAGGCGCGUGCUUUAUGGACGUGUUCUUAACAACUAUCCAGUUAAUGAAGAAUUUGAAGAACAGCUAUCAAAGCCGUUUUACUUCCGGCAAAAGGAACAUGGGCCUGUGAUGGAAGUUUUGUUCCCAAAGACCGAAGAAUCACCAGAAAUAGCAGCCUUCAAAAAAGGUUAG